CUUGGUUUCCUGCCAGACAUCUAAGCCUCCUCAAAAAAUGUACAAGUUACUCUGCCUAUUUGCCGUCUUGGCCUUAGCAUUUGCUGACUAUGGUUACAGUGGAUACGGCCGUCGAGGUGGCUACGGCUACGGUGGCUACGGAUACGGUGGAUACGGUGGAUACGGAGCACUAAGUGGUUACUCUGGUUACGGAUACGGGGGUAACCUGGGUCUCUUCGGUGGACGUCGCUUCUUUGGUGGAAGACGAGGAUUCGGAUUCGGAGGACUCCGAGGAUUUGGUCGUGGUUACGGAUACGGUGGACACUAUGGCGGUUACGGACAUGGCGGUUACGGACAUGGCGGUUACGGAUACAGCAAAAAUUAUUAUUAAGCUUCCUGUUGGAAUUUGUGCCACUUCUGUUAGAUCCUCCUUUUUUGUAAAUAAAUGAGAAAUGAAACAACAA